CCGAGCCGGGGCGCGCUAGGACUGGCGGCGGCGCGGGCGGCCACGCCCCUUCGCUGAGGGAGCGCGAGGCGGCGGAGCCGUUGCCCCGGCGGCAGCCAUGAGCGCGGUGCUGGACGUGCUGUGGGAAGACAGAGAUGUCCGCUUCGACAUCUCCCCGCAACAGAUGAAAAUGAGAUCUGGAGAGGUCCUUAUAGACUGCUUAGAGUCUGUUGAAGAUACCAAAGGAAACAAUGGUGACAGAGGUAAACUGCUCGUGACAAAUCUGCGGAUUAUAUGGCGCUCACUGUCAUUGCCCAGGGUCAAUCUGUCUGUUGGUUACAACUGCGUCAUAAACAUAACUACAAGAACUGCCAACUCGAAAUUACGAGGGCAGACAGAAGCUCUGUAUAUAUUGACUAAAUGUAACAAUACCCGAUUCGAGUUCAUAUUUACCAAUGUUGUCCCUGGGAGUCCCAGACUCUUUACUUCAGUUAUUGCUGUACACAGAGCUUAUGAAACUUCAAAAAUGUAUCGUGAUCUCAAGCUGAGAAGUGCAUUGAUUCAAAACAAGCAGCUGAGAUUAUUACCACAAGAGCAAAUAUAUGAUAAAAUCAAUGGAGUUUGGAAUUUAUCAAGUGAUCAGGGCAAUUUGGGAACAUUUUUUAUCACUAAUGUGAGAAUAGUUUGGCAUGCAAAUAUGAACGACAGCUUUAAUGUCAGCAUACCGUAUCUACAAAUUCGUUCGAUAAAAAUAAGAGACUCGAAAUUUGGCCUGGCACUUGUGAUAGAGAGUUCCCAGCAGAGUGGAGGAUAUGUUCUUGGUUUUAAAAUAGACCCUGUGGAGAAGCUGCAGGAGGCAGUGAAAGAAAUAAAUUCACUUCAUAAAGUUUAUUCAGCCAACCCUAUAUUUGGAGUGGAUUAUGAAAUGGAAGAAAAGCCUCAACCUCUUGAAGACCUAACUGUGGAGCAGGUUCAAGAUGAUGUGGAAAUAGAAUCUGAUGAGCAUACAGAUGCUUUUGUGGCUUACUUUGCUGAUGAAAACAAGCAACAUGAUCGGGAGCCUGUUUUUUCAGAAGAACUGGGACUUGCAAUAGAAAAGUUAAAGGAUGGAUUCACACUCCAGGGACUCUGGGAAGUAAUGACCUGAUUUAGAUUGGCUUGUGUUUGUUCCUAAGCAAGGGAGGAUUCUCAGUUCUUGCUAGACUUGUGAGCUCUGUAGAAGAUAAUUUAGAAAUACCAGAGUAGCAGAGAAAGAAGAUGCCAGAGCUGAAGAGCAGGCAGAUACCAGAUGAUAUGCCUUCAGGAUAUAUCAUACGAGAAAGAUUAUUCAAAUAAAGGUUUUGUAUUUAUUCCAUUGCUUCUGUGGGAGGACAACCAGUGUCUAAUACUGGAAGGGGCAGGGCACCAGCUGCUGCUGGAAGCCCCACCUCCUGCAGCCACUCAUGCAUUCCACAAGCCUCAGAAGUCCCACUCUUCCUCCGGUCACAUGGUGCAAGGACUGGAGAAGUGCCUCCUCUGAUAGGGUGUAAGAAUCUGGAAGACCCUCCCCAUUACGUGCAUGACAGAUGCCAUUUUAUUUCAGCUGCCAUGAUGCAAGAUCUCACACCCCACAUUAUCUGCUGGGUUGAGAUUGGCUGGCUGAGGAUGCUGACACACUUGUACCCCCAGGUGUUUUCAGGAAUGUGAAUGGCAGGACCAGCCAUCUCAUUCUGCUUUCUCUAGCAGAUUGUCAGAGAAGGAAGCCCCUCCUCUAAAAAUUCAGGGUCUGCCAUGGUUUUUCAGCCAGUUUAUGGCAGGUAGCUCUCAAACCCCCUCCUUUAGAUGACCCAUGUGUUUACACACUGCCCUCUGAUUGGCUGCCAGAAUCAGCCACCUCCUGGAAGUAUCUCAGAAAAAGAAGCUUCCACUUCCUAUGUAUAUGAAGACUACCCUUCCAUAACUUGUUCAAUAUUGUGCAAUACAGAAAUAUCAUUAUUUACAGGGCAUUCUUGUAUCUAGGCAUAUUGGCUGUGUCAUCAAAGCAGUGCUUUCUUACAGCAAAUAAGCAAUACUGUUCCAAAUACUGAUUUCCAUGUCAUGAUUUUGUUAAAUGUUCAGCACAUAUCAUUCCAGGUACUUAACUGUAAUCCAGAUAGCUUCAUAAAGUUGUUGUGAUGUUUUUGUUUGUUUGGCUGGUUUUUGCUUGGGUUUGGUUUGUUGGUUUGUUUUGGGGGGGUGGGUUUGAGGUUUGUUGGUUUGGGUUAGUUUUGUUGGUGGUAGGUUUUGUUUGUUUGUUUUCUGGCUAGAGCACUUGAUACAUGAUGCACACAAAUAGCACGCUAAUGACACAGCUUCUGUGUCUGAGUCAUUAGACCUUUGAGAUCUUAUGUGUUAGAGAGAAAUGAGUCAUUUAUUGUUUCAAAGUAGAUGCAGCUGUUACGUUUUCUGGUGAGAUCAGACCUCUGCACUAUUUUCUGGAAAUGGAAAAAGUCAAAUGGGCUCUCAGCUGUUACCUUAGCAGCUGACUGUCAUAAUAAAGUAACUAUGGUGUGAAUAUAA